AUGUCAGCUCCAGUUUUAACCACCAGUAGUGGUUCACCAAUUGAUAACAAUUUAAACUCAAUGACCGCAGGUGUUAAUGGUCCAAUUUUAAUUCAAGAUUUCACUUUAAUUGAUAAACUUGCUCAUUUCGAUCGUGAACGUAUCCCAGAACGUGUUGUACAUGCUAAAGGUGCUGGUGCCCAUGGUUAUUUCGAAGUUCCCUCAAGUGAUGUACCAAAAUGGUGUAAAGCUAAAUUCUUAAAUAAAGUUGGUAAGAGAACACCAAUCUUCACCCGUUUCUCUACUGUUGGUGGUGAAAAAGGUUCAUCCGAUUCUGAAAGAGAUCCAAGAGGUUUCGCUGUCAAAUUUUAUACUGAAGAAGGUAACUUUGAUAUGGUCGGUAAUAAUACUCCAGUUUUCUUUAUUCGUGAUCCAUCAAAAUUCCCAGAUUUCAUUCAUACACAAAAACGUAAUCCACAAACAAAUUGUAAAGAUCCAAAUAUGUUUUGGGAUUUUUUAGGUCAAACACCAGAAUCAACACAUCAAGUAUCAAUUUUAUUCUCUGAUAGAGGUACACCAAAAUCAUAUCGUCAUAUGCAUGGUUUCUCAUCACAUACCUUAAAAUUUGUUAAUGCUCAAGGUAAACCAUAUUGGGUUAAAUUACAUUUCACCAGUGAAACUGGUAUUCAAAAUUACACAGCUGAAGAAGCUGCCAAGAUGUCAAUGAACGAUCCAGAUUCAGCAACUCGUGAUCUCUUUGAAACCAUCGCCAAAGGUGGUGAACCAGCUUGGAAAGUUUCCAUUCAAUUGAUGGAAUUUGAAGAUGCCUUAAAGUAUCGUUUCAAUCCAUUCGAUGUAACAAAGAUUUGGUCACACAAAGACUAUCCAUUAAUUCAAAUUGGUCGUAUGGUUUUGAAUCGUAAUCCAGAGAAUUACUUUGCUGAAGUUGAACAAGCUGCCUUCUCACCAUCCCACAUGGUUCCAGGUAUUGAACCAUCACCAGAUAAGAUGUUACAAGGUCGUCUCUUCUCUUAUCCAGAUACUCAUCGUCAUCGUUUAGGUGUAAACUAUCAACAAAUCCCAGUCAAUUGUCCAUUCGCCGUAAAGGGUGGUGUUAAAAACUACCAACGUGAUGGUUUCAUGGCUGUCAAUGGUAAUGGUGGUAAAGGUCCAAACUAUCAACCAAACUCUUUCGGUGGUCCAGAGCCACAUCCAGAAUUUGCUCAACAUAAAUUUGACGUCUCUGGUUUCGCUGCUCGUCAACCAUACAAUCAUCCAAAUGACGACUUUGUUCAACCAGGUGAUUUAUAUAGACUCAUGUCUGAAGAUGCCAAAUCUCGUUUCGUCUCUAAUUUAGUCGGUCACAUGUCCGGUGUCACCAUCAAAGAAAUUCAAGUUCGUGCCGUUUCAAACUUUUACAAGGCUGACAAAGAUUUAGGUGCUCGUUUAUGUAAGGGUCUUGGUAUUGAUGUUAAUGAUGUCAUCAAAUUCGCUGCUAGAUCAAACUUGUAA